GAAAAAAGUGAACUGCAUUUUAAAUUGUGUGGAAAUGCAUUCGAAUUUUGCAUCAAAGUGAACAAAACGAUCCACAAAUAUACAGCCAAAAAUAUUUCUUGAAACAAAAUCAAGUUCUGUACGGAAGUUCGGUACGGAAAAUUUCAUCGUUAAUCAUAAAACAAUGCCAAGCAUUUUAAAGCUUAAAAACUAACAAGAAAUACCAUAAAAAAAAAUCCACAAAAAAACUUGCUCAAACUACUUUGGAUACUUGGGAGCUCUACUGCCCAGCCACCAUCAUCAUUGGCACCACCAGCAUUUGAAAGCUUGUAGAGCCUGAGGCUUUCUUCCCCCAAAGUUCUAACGGAAUGUGAAAGGCCUCCAUUAUGCCCACGGAAAGCUCAUCCAGCGACGUCGCCGGCGGCGGAGGAGGAGGAGGCGGCGCCAUUCCCAUGCUUCGACCCUCACGCAUGGACCAGUUCAUGUCCACAGUGGCCGCAGCUGCGGCUGGCGGUGGCGCCUCUGAUGGGUCCAACAGCGGGGGCGGCGACUCGAGGAGCUCAUCGGCCAGCAGGAUCUCGGCGGCAGCAGCCGCCUACGAAACACAAUUGGCCUACCAGCAGCACCUGGCCGCCGCCGGACUGCAUCCUGGUCCACCGCCACACCAUCGCGAGAUCUCCGCCUUUGUGCCCGUGCUGCCCACGCGACAGGCACUGGAGGCCAAGGCGCGGGCCGGGAGCAACUCCAACUACGAGAUCAUUGCCAUGAUGGCCGACAAGCGAAAGGAGUUGGCCCUAAGGGAGGCGGCCGCUGCUGCGGCGAUGCUGGGACGCGGUGGUCCGCCGGGCGGUCCACAAGGUCCGCCACCCGGUGUCCUGUACGCACCGCCACCCCCACCGCCAUAUCUAACCGGACCGGGUCCCUCGCCCACGGGUGCGGGAAGCUUUCCAUUCCCCCCCGGUGCCGCCACAGCAGGUCUCUUUCCCCCCGGUCUCGGGCCGGGGAUGCACGCCGGACUGGAUCGUCGUCUGUUGCGUGCACCCGGACGCGCCUCGAGGCCCAAGAAGCAGUUCAUUUGCAAGUUCUGCAACCGUCAGUUCACCAAGUCCUACAAUCUGCUGAUCCACGAACGGACGCACACCGACGAGCGACCCUACUCCUGUGAUAUUUGCGGCAAGGCGUUCCGGCGACAGGAUCACUUGAGGGAUCACAGGUACAUCCACUCGAAGGAGAAGCCAUUCAAGUGCACCGAAUGCGGCAAGGGCUUCUGCCAGUCGCGCACUCUGGCGGUGCACAAGAUCCUGCACAUGGAGGAGUCGCCGCACAAGUGUCCUGUGUGCAGUAGGAGUUUCAACCAGCGCUCCAAUCUGAAGACCCAUCUGCUGACCCACACGGAUCACAAGCCGUACGAGUGCUCCUCCUGCGGCAAGGUCUUUCGCCGCAACUGCGAUCUGCGGCGACAUGCCCUGACCCAUGCCGUGGGCGAAGUCAACUCCGGCGACUAUGUGGACGUUGGGGAGGAGGACGAGGCCCGUCAUCUGAGUGGGGAUGAAGAGGACUCCCUGCUGGAGGUGGACUCCCCGAGGCAGAGUCCUGUCCACAACCUAAGCGAAUCCGCAGCAAACGGGGAAAAGGACGAGGCGGAGCGCAUGCGUCUGAAGAGGAAGGCACCUGUCGAUCAGGAGGAGAGCGAAGAGGAGUUCGAUGACUACGACGAGGAGGAGGAACUGCAAGAGGCAGCAGGCAGUUUUCCCAGAGAAGAACUCCGGGAAGAAGACGAGGACUUUGAGGCCGAGGAGGAGGUGCAGCAGGAAGUGGCUCCGGUGGCACGGCAGUCAUCAGCCGCUCCUGCUGUCAUUGUUACGGCUGGAAAUGGAAAGCCGGAGCGCCAGGGGGUCACCCACUGUCACCACGAAGGCGGGGAAACCUACACCAUGCGACCGCAUGGCGAAAAACAGCAGGAAGAGCCAUUAUCCAUGCCCCCCAACGGACCACCGCCGCCACCUGGUUUUGUGGCUAAUCUGAGGUAUGCCCCGCCUGGCGGUGCACCACCAGUGGGUGUACCACCUGUUGUUCCACCGCCACCGCACCAUCAACCGCAUCCCCAUCUCCUGCCACCCAACGGAGAUCCCUAUCUGCCGAUACUCCAUGUGCGUCGGGAUCUGCACCACAAGAGCCUCAAUCUGAGCAAGGGGGCACCAGCCCCGCCCCCCACACCGCCCACUAUCAUAACCCAAGCACCGGAGACGAGCAAGCCACCGAAUCAGCCGCUGCACUCGCCCCACGAGGCAAUGCCCAGCUUUUUGGGCUCGAUUCCCAUGCGCAAGAGGAUUCUGCCGCCGCCGACGAUCGAUCUGAUGGAUCAUCAUCAUCACCACCAUCAUCAGCGGUCGUAUAUCGAGAAUCAGAGCAUCUAUGCCCUGAAUAUGUCGCGGCAUCCGCCACGCCAGUUGUUGGGGAAACCACCGAGCACAGAGACGAGUGGUCCAGCCACAGAAAAGGGUCCACCACCACCUACAACGCAGAGACAGUCGGUACAGUCGGUACAGUCGGUACAGACGGUGCAGGCGGUACAGUCGGUGGUGGCACCACCUCCAGUUGCACCGCCUCCUGCCCCUAGACGCACGGGCUUCAGCAUUGAGGAUAUCAUGCGACGCUGAGAGCAGACGGAUUUAGUACACUAUGACAAGAUUGUUCCCAUGGAUUCCAGGGGAUUCCUAUUCCCCUGAACGCUAUUUUAGAGACAAGUGCACUUUUUAGUACAUUUUAGUACAAUAAACCCUCUAGACUAAGAUCUAAACAUAGUGCUUAACUAACUGUUGUUGCAUUUUAUAGAAAAGUAGCAUUUACUUUUAGAUCCCAGCAUAAAUAUACACCCUACCAUAUACCAUAUACCAUAUACCAUAUACCACAUACUAUAUCGAUCUAGUUUCGAUUAGUGCGAGAGUCUAUCGAUUAGUUAUCGAUUUCGGCCAACACUAAGUGUUUGCUGUAUUUCCUUUCCAAGCGAGUGAAUACCAACCUUUAAUUUAUGUUUCUUUUUAGUCUCUAAGAUUAAUCUUAAUGAGUGAAUAAAAUAGAGAUGUAAAUCGUUAAA